ACAAUGGAUCUUUAAAUUAACUCAGUUUGUGCUGGGAAGAGGCCAAAAUUAGUUAGUGUCCCAUUGAUACUCAGUUGGAGUAGCCUUCUAGUUGUACAAUCUAGGGAAGGCAUUCACACCUCCUCCUCCUCUUCAUUUCCUAGUUUGGAACAUUCUGGCUUGUGUUUUGCUCUCCCUGUAAAUAUGAGAGAAAAUAAAAGACACUAUUCAGCCUCCUUUGUCUGAAAAGUCUGGCAGUUCAGUGGUUUUCUUUAAAGGGGGCCCUCAUUUGUAACCAGCUUUGCCAUUAACGGAAAUCAAUCUGAAUGUCCUAUUGUGCAUCUUUUUUCUUUCCUCACAGUCUGAACUUGUCUUUGCCAAGUUUUCGAGCUGAACCUGAAAGACCCUCUCUCAUUUUCCCCGUUCCCUGCCUCCAGCCCCAUUGACUCCUAGCACAGCUUUCUCAGGGAGAAGGGCUGCAGAGUGUGGAUAAGGAGGAACUCGACCUACUCCGCUAACCCAGUGGCCUGAGCCAAUCACAAAGCGGAUUGGAACCUCAUUUGAGCCCCCCUUCCCACCCCCUUCCCCUGGCAACAGCCUCCAGUAAAGGGGGACAGUGGAAGGGUGUGUUUGCAAUUCAAAUCCUUGGCUUUCUGCCUGCAUCUUUUCCAAAUAAGAAGGCAGGAGCUGCUGUGAGGUGCAAAGGGGCCUUCAGAAUUGCAGUGGCAAUAAGAUCCAGAGAUCCUCCCUCCUGUCUCUUUUAUCUGUCUUCAAAGCAAAAGGAAAGGGCAAGGAUGGUGGAGGCUUUCUGUGCUACCUGGAAGCUGACGGACAGCCAGAACUUUGAUGAGUACAUGAAGGCGCUAGGUGUGGGCUUUGCCACUAGGCAGGUGGGAAAUGUGACUAAACCAACAGUGAUCGUCAGUCAGGAGGGGGACAAAGUGGUCAUCAGGACACAAAGCACAUUCAAAAACACAGAGAUUAGUUUCCAUCUGGGAGAAGAGUUUGAUGAAACCACUGCAGAUGACAGAAACUGUAAGUCUGUUGUUAGCCUGGAUGGAGACAAACUUGUUCAUGUACAGAAAUGGGAUGGCAAGGAAACAAAUUUCGUAAGAGAAAUUAAGGAUGGCAAAAUGGUUAUGACUCUCACUUUUGGUGAUGUGGUUGCUGUUCGCCACUAUGAGAAGGCAUAGAAAGGUUCCUGAUCUGGGGUUCGAAAAGCUCUACAAUUUUUCUAUUUACUCAAGUCUCAGUGUUAUG